GCAGCUGAAACACUGUUAUAGCUAUAUAAAUAGCUAGCUUCACUCACACAAGUGGUAAAUGAGUCACUCUAUCCACUCACAACCAAAUAUUGGUUUUGUGUAGCGGACAUAUGAAAUAGAAACCCUCGCUUUCGAAGGAAACAAACGUCAAGUUGUUUGACAUUGCUUGGAAAAUUUCCAGCAAUAAAUUGAGUCGGGAGUUAGGCUGGUAGCUGCAUUUUGGGGCAAGCGCUGAGUGCGUGUCUACUGAGACGUCAGUGAUCUUCACCAUGACUGGAUUCCACUGGCUCUGUCUGAUGGCCUUCUUGCUCCAUGGGGCACAAGGGCGUCAAAUCCGCAAUAAAAAAGUUGGACAUAUGGCGGCUGAAUGGGUAAAUGCGCCGGAGAGUAACAAGCCUGGAACACCUGUGGGCAUGCGUGGCGAUGGGAUGGAGAGUAACAAGCCUGGAACACCUGCGGGCAUGCGUGGCGAUGGGAUGGAGAGUACUUGCGUUGUGGCUCUGGAUAGUGGUAGGCUGAACUGUUAUCCGAGGAAAGGUCAACGAUCAGUUAUUCCCUCACUCGGAAGCACCAAGCCCGAGACAAAUGCUGGCUCGAACAUCAAUGACGCGGAGGGAGAAAAUAACUGCAUCAUACUGGAUAACGGCAAGAUGUUCUGUCCGCCUAGAUAUGGCCGAAGAUCGACGAUCCCCUCACUUCAAGGUGACAGCAAAAAGGUCAAAGCAGAUUUGGGCUCGAGUAGCGAUAUUACGGAGGGGAAAAAAAACUGCAUUGUACUGGAUAAUGGCAAGAUAUAUUGCCCAGCAAGAUACGGCCGGCGAUCCACCAUCUCCACUCUUAAAAGUGAAGUCGUCAAACGAUGCGACUCUAAUGACCCAGAGUGCAGGCAGGAAACAACCAUAGUGAAGAAAUUACAAAGAUAUCCCAGAAAAGACCCACCAAAAUGCCCAAACCCAUCCGACCCAUAUUGCAGCACAGAUGAUAUGAUUGGUAGAAAUGUACCGACACGUAGAUGCCCCGAUGGUACAAACGGCCCAUUUUGUUCCACAGUACAGAAGAACCCGUACAAGAGGAUUCAUAGAUGUUCCCGCGACAAUACGGAAAACCAAAUUUGUGAUUGGGUUAAACGGUUUCCAACCACAGGUAAACGAUCGCCCGUCCUUGCUCAGCUUCUCAAGAGCCGGAAGAACUCGAAAGAAUCGGCAGGAAGCAAGAUUGGUAAUCCUUGCCCCCCGUCCAACCCUUCAUGUAAAUCAGACAUUUUAUUACCGAGAAAAUGGAUCCCUACACCUCUCUUGGCUCAGCCUCUAGAAGGUAUAAAGACCUCGCAAGAACCGACUGAAAGAAAGAGGGAAAAUUAUCUCCAAGAUAGACACCAGGCAGAGGCAGAAUGUCCACCGUCCGACCCCUUUUGUCAGACUGUCACGAUGCCUGGAAGCUUUCCUUCUCUCGCCAUGACCCAGUCUUUCAAGCGCAGUGAGAACUUGCACGAGUCUGGCAUAAGUGUGUUGCAUCAAGAGUGGGAUGAGAUGCAUCCGCCUUCACUCUUGGCAAGCACCGGCCGCAAUCGCGCCUUCGAUGAUCAACCACAAGCAGCUAUCACAAUCCCGGCGAUGCCAUCCAAGCGCCAGUCUAAAAAGCUUGCCUGCAAGUACGACCCGCGAGAUAAAGUAUGUCGAUGGAGGCCUCAACCGAAUUCCUUCCUUGAAACAAACCAAAUGCUGUCAACUUCUUACCAGAGUGUGCAGAACUCACCCAGCAAAACCAAACUCAGUAUAUGAAGUAAAGUAUAAUGAUUAGUCAAUGGGCCAGUACAGAGACGAGGGCACAGCUACAGAUAUGCCACCUAAACAGUAUAUUUUAGUAUCAAUAAAUCUCUGCUUCUGAAAA